GUUUGUCAAAAUCACAUGAUUUCUUGGAAGGAAAACAAAAGCGUUUGUGUUUUGGAUUUUGCAUUUCACAGCUAAGGCACAGAAGCUAUUUAGUUGAGCUUGGAGAGUAAUAUCCGGUCAAGUGAUAACAAAAAUUUGCUGAUUUUGUAUAAUUUGUGCCAUCUUGCUUCUUAUUAAUCAGUUAAUAGAAGAAAACAGCAUGGAGAACAUCGAGAACUAUUACCAACAAGCAGCACGUCUCCAAACUUUUGAUUACUGCCCACAUAAUCUGACUCUGGAACGAACGGAGAAAUGUACUUUGGCCAGGAUGGGAUUUCUCUACAGGACAUCAACUAACACCAUAGUGUGCAUCAAGUGCCAGGAAUCUUUCGCUUUCGACACUUUUGAAGCUACCUUGCAGCACGUUUGUGGGGCUACUUCCCAGAACUGGGAUGACCUCAAUAUUCCUAUUCCGUCACCCUGUACGACUGAUGAUGAGAAUUUGGCAUCAGAAACAUUUCGGUUGGAGACUUUCCUCAAGUAUCCACUGACUCCGUCGCUGUUGGACGCUGAGAGGCUUGCUUCCAGUGGCUUCUAUCAUGACAAGCUUCCUGACCAUAUUAAAUGCUACGCAUGUGGCUUUGGGCUGUGCUAUGUGACCAAAAAUCCCUUCGAACCAUCGUACGCAAUUAAAGCUCACAGCACCUUCUCAUCGCAAUGUGAGCCCCGAGAACGGGACCAGAAUCACAAAAUUACCAAUUUCCUCAACUCCGAAGGGGGCAAAUACCUCCUUGAUGCUGGAUAUGCUGCGAAUUCCAUCAAAAGCAUCCUCAAGAAGCGCAUUGCCAACAAUGAAGGACUGACAGUUGAACAGAUCACCCAAGAUAUUCUCACUAUGCGAGCUAUGGCCAAAGAUGAAGAAGCACUCAUCAACACGAUUGAGAACUUGAACAUUAUGAAUCCGGAAGACAGUGCAUAUGAUAAUGGAGCUCUCGUGAUGGAUCUUCUCAAUCAGGCUCAGCUUGAGAAUGAAAACCUGAAGGAAGGCAAACUCUGCAAGAUCUGCCUGACUGAGGAUGUUGCAAUGGCCUUCAUUCCGUGUGGACAUUUCAUUGCCUGUGAGACUUGCUCUAGGACUCUCCAAAUGUGCCCAAUCUGUCGCAAAAACAUCGAAAGGGCUCUCAAGAUUUUCCAAUAAUAGAACUGUGAGGAUUAAAGAGAUUUAUAAUAGAUUUUCAAGUAUUUUUGAUAAUAAAUUUCUAUGAACUUUUGCAACGUU